GUCAGCUUCAGCCUUAGAUGACUGAUCUGAAAGGGCACACCUGAUUAGCUGAGAGAGCAGACUGCUAUUCUACGUUGCAAGUUCCAGUUUAUACCAAAGCCCUUUAUUGUUGACUUAGCAGCAAGCGACACCAGGAUGAUAUUCAGCUUUACAACAACCCUUUCAGUCGCCUUUCUCCUGCGUAACAGUAUGAAGCUCCAAACUACCGAUGCUGGGCCGACUCCUGCGGACGGUGAUGAUCCUGGGUCUCAGGUGUGUCCAAUGUGCUGCCAGGGACCUGCUGGGACACCUGGAAUUCCGGGCUUACCGGGUAACCAAGGUCAGUUUGGACCUGCAGGGCCAAAGGGCGAUGCUGGGGUCAAGGGUCAGAAGGGUGAGAUUGGACCUAGUGGCGCUGUUGGGAACCCUGGUCCCAAAGGGGACGACGGAUAUGGCCUGCCAGGUAAGGUAGGUCCAAGGGGUCCAGCUGGUUUAAUCGGAGCAAUCGGAGAAUCGGGGGUCAAGGGGCAAAAGGGCGAGCCGGGGGAAACUCCUGAUAACUCCGCACACAAGAUAGCAUUCACUGUGACUCGGAGAACCACUUCGGAUACAUCGACAAGUUACAGCACCCGUUUGCCCUUCGAGCAGUCCAAGACGCUUUUGCCGGGUACCAGCUUCGAUCUGGCGACUGGAACAUUUACAUGUAAUGUACCAGGUACCUACGUGUUUGCGUUUUCUGUAUGCAAACAUUCAAGUAGCGGCAACCUUUGGGUCAAUCUUAGAAAAAACGACGACUGGGUAGUCUCUGGCGGUAGCACCGAAUCAAGUAAGAAUGAGCAGGUGUCUGGGAGUGCGGUGCUACUUCUGCAGCGAGGAGAUUCGGUGUAUUUGACCAUGUAUGGUAGGGUAACCAGUAGUUCAUCCUAUCGCUCCACCUCAUUCAGUGGACUUCUGAUUUACCCUGAAUAAACAAGAGAAAUCAUGGUCUACAUGUACACAAUUGCGUAUCUCUCUGGUGCAGAUG